AGUAAAGUGACAUAAGGUACAGAAUCACUUUUGUUGGUCUUAUUAAGUUUAAUAAAAUGAUCUUCCUUUGCUAUAAAUUGUAAACAUCCUGAGGUAUUCGUCAUCUCAUUGGUUGUGAGCAGCGCUGUCACACUCUCUCCUUUUAAAACAGCCCCACGUGCCCACAAGCCCCGCCCACCGAAUCUCAUCUGCUUUGUUUUUUUGUGACCAGUCGCGCGUACGACUCGGUUGUCUCUCACGCUGUCAGAAAAUGGACACAAUGGAGAGAACAAUAGUGAUGGAGAGAAAAAAAAGAGGUAGACCAAAAGGAUCAAUAAUGACGGGAAUAUCAGAGAGUGAGAAAAAAACAAAUAGAUUGAACAGGGAGAGGUUAAGAGGCAAGUCCCGCAUAUAUAUUGGAGCUGAACUGAAAAGAUGGGAGGCAGUCAAGGAGGCAACGGGCAUACACACAAACAGUGGAAUAGCUAAACUUCUGCUUGACAGCUAUGAAGCUUUCCAGGCAUAUAUAAUGAACCAUAAGGAUGCAGAACAUACAAAAUUAUCACAUUCACAGAGCUCAACCACACCUGGUCCAAAUAGAGCAACACCUGUUCAGGUGUCAAGUGCAAGCACAGAACCAUCCCCCUCUAAUGUUUCCCCAGCAAAGUCAUGUGAUAGUGACUGGCAUGUAUCAGGAAUUGCCCAUUUGAGAUAUAUGCCAAAAUCUAUUGCAGCUACUUUCAUGCAUACUGCAGGCACAACUAGGAGGGCGCUAGAUAAACAAACAGAUGUUGAAGAGAAUUCAGGGAAAGAUGGAUCUUCUGGGCUCCAGAUUCCCUUACAAAUUGGUGUUGAAAAUACAAGCUUAGAUGUUGAGGGUGAACAUGAAGAGCAGGAACAUGAAGAGCAUUGCAUUCAACCCAACUUUGAUAUGGGUUUUGGAGUCACUGAAGCGGCAUGCCCAUCAGAAAUUACAUUUGAAGAACUGGAAUUUGGCAUUGAGCCGGAUAUCCCAACAAUAGAAGGGUCAGGAAUUAAUGAUGGGGUAACUAGAAUCAAUGACGUAGGGGACAUUGACCGGCUGACCAAGGACGAGGUCUGCUUUGCUUACCUCCAUCCAUUACUUUUACUAGCAAAAUUGAAUAUUCCCGAUGUAUGCUACAAAGAAAAGGACUGUCUGAAACCAGUUAUCAUCCAUCAACGAUUCAUUGGGUCUGCAUUAUAUUUUGAAUGGGUUUGUGCUAAUAAUCACUUCAUAUAUAAAUGGUGUAGUCAGCCUUUGCUGGACAAAGGCCUACACGGAGGUGACCUCAUGUGUGCUUCCGCCAUCCUGGCAUCAGACAACAACUUUGCCAAGAUAGCUUUAUUCGGACAGUUUCUGAAUCUGCACUUGCCAAGCAGGUCGGCUUACCAUCGGAUGCAAACAGCAUACAUUGUGCCAACGAUCGAAAGAUUUUGGGAUUGUAACCAGGAUCAGGUGUUUGCAGACUUAGAUGCUCAAGAAUUUAACCUUAGUGGUGCUUUGUCACCAGAUGACAAAAAUGAAAGUGCAAUGGAAAACCAAGGUUUGAACAAGAAGAUCAAAAGAUCGUCAGCGGUAGCCAUGAAAGUAAAGAAAGACCACAAACAUGUUCCAGAAAUCAUGAACUUAAUUGUGAGAUCGAGGCUGGAAGACCCGGCGCGCCUCUGUAGGAACGUUGUAUAUACGUCAAAUGAUCUACGCUGCAUGUCGUCUGGGUCUGCCCCGGUUCCCCCACCCCCCUCACAGGCUCUGGUAGGAGAUCAAUUUUCACGUAUGAAAUAAAAGGUAUAUUUUUGUACUGUUUCUAACCUAUAAAUUUAUUUGAAUGACAUAAAAUGACACUAGACAUAAAUAAGAAAGCUCAAAAUAGUGUUAUUUAUUAUGUAUUUGUUUAUAAAUACAGUAUACUUAAUUAUUCUUAUGAACCAUGUUUCAGACUUUCAGCUACCAUAUUUCAGAGAUUUCAUCAGCAGUUACAUUAUUAUAAUUACUUUCCACGAUGCCUCGUAAUAGUAACUACUGUAUAUGAUGGUGAUGAUGUAUAUGAGGAUCAUGUUAAAGAUGAUAUGACUUUAUAAAUAUAUAUAAUUUGGUAAUUCAAAUAAUACUACAUAAAUCCUUUUAUCCGUGUGUACAGUUUGUAUAUAUGUACACUAUGUAUGUAUGUAAGACCAUGGUGAUACUUUUUAUUAGUAACACCCAUACCCAUGGAUGGAGUAAAAUCAUAGAUUGUACAAGAAGUUAAACAUUUUUGGUAGAUUCUGUGGGAGAUACUUUUCUAGUAAAUUUUGAAUAUCGAAUACAAUUUUCAAUGGCAAUAAACACUGUAAAUGUUUGAAACAUUUCAUUGAUAUAGGUGAUAAAUAUUUGACGAUUGUGAUGAUGAUUUAUUUAGAUUAUUUAGUGUAUGGUGAUUUGGAUGGUGCUUAUUUUGAUGAUGUGGAGGAUAUUAUUGUACUAAAUAUUUAUAUUAUCUUUUAAGAAAGCAAUAGGCUGGUUAAUGUAUUCAAUUUACAUACUGUAUGCUACACAAUAUUGUUCAGUUCUAAAGUGAGAGUAUUAAAGAUAUUAUUCUGUAUCUCCCCCCCCCCCCUAUUUUAAAAUUGGAAAAACCCUUGACUAGACUUACUUGCCAUAAAUAUAAACAUAAGUGUAAUAUAAAUUUUAAACAAUUGAAAGUUUGUCUGCAUGCUUCCCAGCCAGAUAGGUACUACACAAAUGAAGGCACUUCAUAAUAUUGUUAGAGGGUGCUAAAUUCUAAUUCGCCAACUUAGAUCUAGUCUGUAAGACUGUAACAAAAGAGUGUACCUCCUAGCUGUAACUGUGAAAGUAAAAAUUGUAAAAUUAUUUUAAUAGGUUACUGUAAUUAUUAUUAAUAUAUAAUACAUAGAUAUCUGUAUUUAACAUUAAUAAGCCUGCUUUGAAAUGACAACGGGUGGUCAGGUCAAAAUAUUGUACUACAGGGAUUUGGUGCAGAACAAUUUGACUGCUACUAAAAAAUUGUAUGUUGUAAGAUACUGCUACAUUGAAUCUAAGAUUAUCAAAAUAAACAUUCUAGUAAGAAUGCUUACAAAAUAA